UAACCAAAUGAGUCGAGGGAGAGGGGCGGCGAAGAAAAGCGUCGAUGUCCACGUUAGGCGAUCACAAAAAACGAGAACAGUUCGCGCGGUUCUAUACGUAAUAUCGAGCGACCCGGUGACCUCUCGUCGUGCAAUUGAUUAUUUCACGAGAGGCAGUCGGAAUAUAUUGUCAGCAAGGAGGCGUAGUCCGCUAUGGAGAGUCGUUCGGACAGCAUAAAGGAUCCGAUUUAUUAUCCCCCGAUGCAAGAGAUCGCGGAGGGGUCCGUGCCCGUGACCGAUUCCGAGACGAUCGACAGAAGCAGAAGUUCCGCGGGCAGCCAGGAACUCGGUCUCGAGGAAAGCAACACGUUAAAAGUACCCCGUAAAUUUAUCGCGAACUGGCGACAGGCUUGCGACCGUACGCGCGACAGGACCAAGGAUUUGUUGAAGAGAUGGCGAACAGUGUCGACCAACAUCGACGAGAUCGUCGGCGCUCCGAUCCCCAACAAGCAAUUGGAGCAUCCUGGUUGGAGCGUCCACGUCUGGACGACCUGGGUGAGCCGAUACCCCAGCGACGAGAACCUCGAGGCCAUUGAAGAGUACGGACUCGGGACCAGAGGAAGACUGAAGGACUUGGCGGCCAUUCAGCGGGACAAGUUCUCGCACUUUUUUACCUAUCUGCUGGACCACGACAAAGAUGGUUUCAUCGACAGGAAAGAUUUUCGAAUGCUUUCGGAGCGACUCAGAAGGUUCGCGGAUUGGUCGUGGAACGGGCCCGAGUAUUUGCGUCUGAUGGAGGCGGAGGAAGGGCUGGCGGAAUUGAUACUGGACGAGAGGAAGUACGAGGGCGACCAGGGGAAGAAGAUCGGGUUGGACGAUUGGCUCUGUUGGUGGGCACGAAUCGUCGCACCUGUCGGCGGCGCUUCUUACAACGAUAUUCCGUUCUGGUUGAAGAUUCUGCCGAGGGUAUUUUUCCUCGCGAUCAACAGCUCGGCGAACGGGAUCAUUUCGAAGACGGAGCUAGCUUCGUUUUACGGGUCCGUCGUUGGCCUGGACUCGGAGAGGAUCUCCAAGUGUUUGGACAUAGCGUACAAUUCUAUGACAUCGAACGGAGGUCAUCCACUCGGUUGGCCACAGUAUCAGCUCGUGUUCGCCAACUAUCUGUUUGGUCGAGGUCCUUUCGGUCCUGGAGAACAUUUCCUCGGGAUGACGGACUCCUGCAUACUCCGCGGCAAUAACGUACCGUUCCCCAUCGAUUAUUCCGCGAUGAAUACGCCCAAGGACAAAUUGGAGGUGUACAGUCCGCAUUGCAAGACCGCUCGACGUAGCGUCGUAGUUUGAAAAAUAGGUGUGUAAUUCGAUCGGUACGUAAUAACGACGCGCCUCGACGGGAUCUUGUAUUUUCUAAAGUUUAUUCCGCAGGAACAAAAGCAACCUGUUUCUCGAUCGAGAUUCG